AUGGGUUCAUUUGCCCAGGGAGCACUGCCCAAUACGGAACAUCACCAGCACCAGAGCCGUGACAGGUCCCCUCUGAGGUUGGUGGACAAGGAACCCGUCGUCGACUACAGGUGCUACGGCAACAAGAUUGGAGGUGGGGACAGAGGAGCGGAAUCCGCACAACAUCCCCAACAGCAAGAGCAACAACAGCAUCAGCAACACAACGUCGACGGCUUUGACGCUCAUCGUCAGCACCUGGUGCACCCGUGCAUGAGCCCGCAGAACCACUUGACACCACUGGUUCCCGAACCGGGUCACCAUCAACACCACCACCACCACCACCACCCGGGGAUCCACCUACCGGGGUACCCGCCGGACACGGGGCUCGAACGUGGGUCCCACCAGCAGCACCACCACCAUCACCUCCAUCACGCCCCGCCCACAGUGGAUUUCGCCGCCAUGCCGUCAGCGUUCGUGGCCCAUCAGCCCGGCUCGUCGUCGACAGCAGUGGCGGACGAUGGCGGGCCGUGCAGCAGGUACGACCCCGCCGCCGCCGCGGUGGCCGUCGCCAUGCAGCAUCAUCCACUUGGUUACCCGUAUCACGCUGACGAAGUCUACUUCGAUUGUAAUGACGAAGACGGAGUUUUCUAUCAUAACGGAGCCCCGUACAGAGUUCAACGUCACGCUGCGAACAUCCGGGAAAGAAAGCGAAUGUUGAGAGACGAGCAAGCAGUCUCACCUUCUGAACGCCCGCCCUUGUUUGCUUCCCCGCGAAUCAACAGCAUCAACUCCGCCUUCGAGGAGCUCCGCCUGCACGUGCCCACGUUUCCUUAUGAGAAGCGCCUGAGCAAGAUCGACACCCUGCGACUCGCCAUCGCCUACAUCGCGCUGCUCCGCGACUUGCUCAACUGCGGCGAACUCGAUCCCGUCACGUUCAUCGCCAAGUGUCUCCGCGGCGAAAUCACGGGCCAUCGCACACAGGACUGGAACACCAGCGACCUGACGGCGCGUUUGACGUGGAUCAACUGGGAGAACCUGGGAGUAAAUCCAAGUUGCAGAGCUGCAUUCGCUGCGAUGUCCUUCCAAAAUCAACAGGAUCACGGUGGCAUUUGA